AUGGACAACUUCAGCCCAUACAACGGCCAGCCUCCCUCGAACGGCUCGGGCUCUCAGGUCGACGCCGGACCCCAAGGUGCACUUGGAGUUGCGGGCGCCGGUCUUGCAAUGGCUCCUACCAACGGACAAGCUGGUGGCGACACGAGCAAUACGUACACAGGCGAUUCUGCCCGCCAGACGCUGUGGAUGGGCGAGCUUGCUGGAUGGAUGGAUGAGGGUUUUAUUCGAACCGUUUUCACUUCCACGAUGAACGAGAACGUACAGGUCAAAAUCAUUCGAGACCGUCACUCUGGUAACGCCGGCUACUGCUUCGUCGAAUUUGGCAACGCCGACGCAGCUCAGAAGGCUUUGCAGCUCAACGGAACUCCUGUGCCCAACACCGAUCGCGUCUUCCGAUUGAAUUGGGCAUCAGGCGGUGGUCUCGUUGACCGCCGCGACGACCGCAGCCCGGAGUACUCUAUCUUCGUCGGCGACCUGGGACAUGAAGUUAAUGAAUAUGUCCUUGUCUCCCUCUUUCAGGGCAAGUACCCGUCUUGCAAGUCUGCUAAGAUUAUGACCGACCAGCAGACCGGGCAAUCGCGCGGAUAUGGGUUCGUACGGUUCUCCGACGAACAGGACCAGCAGCGAGCCCUCAGCGAAAUGCAGGGAGUAUAUUGCGGCAACCGACCGAUGCGUGUUUCGCCGGCCACUCCUAAGAACCGUGGACACCAAGGUCCCCAAUACAACAACCAGUUUGGUGGACAGCCGCAGAUGAUGCAGCCUCCUCCGGUCCCACACCAUGGCGGCAUGGGCGGUGCUAUGGGUGGUGCUAUGGGUGGUGCUAUGGGUGGUGCCCAAUGGAUGCCCCCGCAACAGCCUGGGUAUGGCUAUCAGCAGCCUCAGCCCCAGCCCCAGCAGCAGCAACAGGCAUUCAACCCCAUGACGAUGAAUCAAUUCACUGAUCCGAACAAUACCACCGUCUUCGUCGGUGGUCUCUCGGGUUACGUAACCGAGGACGAGCUUCGCUCCUUCUUCCAGGGUUUCGGCGAAAUUACCUACGUCAAGAUUCCUCCCGGAAAGGGCUGUGGCUUCGUUCAGUUCGUCCACCGACACGCUGCCGAAAUGGCAAUCAAUCAAAUGCAGGGCUAUCCGAUUGGAAACUCCCGCGUUCGCUUGUCAUGGGGAAGAUCUCAGAACAACUCUGGUGUAGGUACUCCUUACCGUCCUGCACCUCCGCCUCCUCACUAUUUCCCUCCCGGCCCUCCUGGACCUCCUGGACCCACUGGUCCUCCUGGUCCUGGGCCUUUUGGUGGUCCUGGUUUUGGCGCUGGUGGUCCCCCUGGUGGACUUGGACCUCAGUAA